AGAAUGGUCAAAUACCGUCUCCUGUUAAGGCGUUGUACCGUAAAAUACUGGAUUAUUGUACAAAUUAGCCUAGCCUGUGUUUCCUCUCCCACAACCCACAGUGCAAUGAGGGGCUUGGUGCGGCCCGUCGUUCUUCCAGUAUGAGCAGCAAAGGGGACUCGCUGUUUCGCCCGCCUUGGCCUUAGUGCGACUUUCGACACCACAAUAAAUGGCCACCACGGAUACAUAGCCCCGACCGUUCAUAAUAAUAUGACCUCCGAGCACUCCUCGCGAUGACAUUCUGUUUGUCUUGAUAGAUCCCGUACUACGGAGGUCCCCUGCCAACUUAGCCGAGCAUAGUGUCUUUUGGUGUUUCGGGUGCAUUCCAAGACACCGUGUCCUUUUUGACACUGUGGGUCCAGUGUCCCUCGUGUCUUCCUUCGGCAGCACCCACCCGCCCGUUGCCUGCCGGCCUUCCUCCGCCUCGACGCGAUAACCGGCCCUUACAAAAUAUGUAAUAUUUUGUAAGGGCCGGUUAAAGGUCGUGGGAAAUGGUGGCUCGUGACUUUCAACCCGGACGCUUUACAGCGCGCACACCAUGGGCCAACGUGCCGCUCUGAAUAAUGUAUCCCAGGAGGUCCUGGAGAACAUCCUUAUCUUUCUGUCGCUGGGCGACUUGAAAAGCCUGCGUUUUGUGAGUAGGCGCACGAGUCUCUCGGUGGCCCGAAAGUGCUUUAUGCGUCACACGACUACUCUUACAUCUUCCGGCCUAUCGUCCACAGAAGCCCUCAUGAGGAAUGAUAUGCUAGGCCGUCUCGUCCGCCAUAUACGAGUAAUAGCCGAAUGCUUUGCUGUUGACUCUGCACAGCAUACAUUGGAAUCUGGGGAGUACUACCCGGGGGAGGUGGUUGUCACAAACGAUCAUUGCGACACGUUUACAGUGCAGAUAUCCUACCCGAAGAAAAAAGGAACCAAUGAACAAUUGGCACACACACUGAAUUGCUUGAGGUGGAUGCAGAAGCAUGCGGCUGCUAAGAAGAUUAGUGAAACGACUACUUUGAACUCAGGUUCAGAGGAAUCAUUCGUGGAUCGCCUAGCUGCGAUCUUUGCCUUAGGAGCGGGAUUUUUGACGACACUGGAACUAGACGCCAGAUUUAUCGAGGGUCCGAAUCGGUACUCCAAACCGGUCUCAGAUCACAUCGUGGACUCGGAUCGACGACAGCUGUGGGCCGACGCCUCGCGGGUAUACCGCCUGACGAUGACAGCGUUGGCCCGCAGUGGUGUGGCUAUACCGGACUUGCGCAUUUACUGCAACACCACUGGCUGCAGUGUUCCAUCGUAUGAUGUCACAGUAGGCUUGCCCACGCUUUUGCAUGCUGGACUGGCGAAUUCCUGCGCCAACGUCAAGACGCUGGCGUUGAGCUUCUCGACCAGAGUUGACCAUGGAUUGGAAGGACUUGGCAUGGUUUACGGGGCUCAUGUUGCGACACGAGAGAAAAGGAAGCAACGACGACACUGGGACCAGAACCAAGACGAGGUGGAAUGGUUCCAGGCCGAUGGCGUUGCUGAAUUCGCAGACUCGGCGCCCGUUGACUUCGACGUGGAUGGUAGCGACUACGACUCCGACGAAGAGACAGACGCCAUAAUUAGGGACGCUAAGGGCUCAGAGAUCCUUGGUCGAUACGGGGACAACACGCCCGAAGCGCUCUGUCAGGACAACUUCCCCGGCAUCUCCCAGCUGCUCGUGCACAUGAUUAACCUCGAGUCGCUAGAUCUGCACAUGUUCCAGACACUUGAGUACGAAGCCUACGAUGGGGGGUCCAGACUCUUCUUUUACGCGCGGGUGUUCCAGGCCAUCGUUGACCAAGGCUUAAUGUUUUGCCAUUUGAGACAUCUGGCCUUGCGUGGCCUCUGUAUUAACGCCAGCGACCUCGUAUCGUUCCUGGAACGCCAUGGACAGAUUGAGAACCUCGAGUUGCAUCAUGUCAUGCGGUCCGAUAGUCUUCCGGGCCUUCAAUCUUGGAAGGAAGUUCUAAAGGAGAUUUGCCGUAGAACUAUCCUGGGUCAGGCCGGCGGGUCAUUGGCCAGAGUCUUCUGCUCGGACCUCGGGGUGGUGCCUCGUACAGCCCGGGGCUUGUCCUAUGAUCGCCCCGAGAGCCUCCUAGGCGAUAACGAGGAGCUAAAGCAGGAAUGGAUUGAUCGUUGGUGGUGUGGGCCUUCUAGUGUGAGCGCCGGGCCGUUGUUGCACACACGCGAGCUACCCAGAGACGAGUUAGCGAGAGCGGAUCUUUUCGGGGGUGUGGGGGCAGGAAAUCAUGGUCGAAUAAAUAUAGAUAGACCCAUGCCCACGAACUAUCCCACUAAUGAGUUACGAGUUCUUCGUGAGGAGAGGUAUGGGACCACUUACGGAUAAUGAGCUUCGACGCGAUGUGGGAAUGGCAUGAAGGGCUGGCUCUUUCCGGGAGAUCAGUGGUCUCUCUUAUCUGAUCACUAAAUGUUGAACUCUGGAUUGGAUUCCGCCCUUAAGGCCAGUCCAUGUUCUGACAAUUCCGCUUCAGUGCCUCGCUGCGUAUGGCGUUGUCAUAUUAUCAUAACUCGCGCACAUCCUUCUCCGCUACAUGAGCGACGAGGAUCGAGUCCGUCUGUGAGUCUGUAUUUUUUGUCAUCGAUCGUAGCGUGCCUGGUACCUCCUUGCCGUUCUGUCGGACGGCUCGUCAUCGCGGAAAAUUUAUCUCAUCCAUUAGACAGCCAGGGAAUUUCUCAUCAAAAAGGAGAGUUCAGACAAUUUCAAUUUUGCAUACUGGAGCAGCUUGAGUGAUGCGGAAAAGCUAAUGGCCCAUAUCUGUUUGCGAUACCUGUUGAUGGAGGAUUUGGAAGAUGACGAAGCCGAUUCAUGCUCUAAUACCCGAGACUUCUGGGUAUAUUCAGCUGUACAUUGGGCUGAUCACGUACGGAAGGUGGCUUUGACGUCAGAUAAAGAAAUGACGGAUCUCCCGCAACGAGUAUACGAAAUGAGUGAGAUGCGGUUCGCGCUGUGGUUCGAGAUUUUUUUGGGAGGCAUUCAGGCCUUUUGAGAAGAAACCGCGGAGAAUGAAAGCACUGCACCUGGCAGCACUUAACGGCCAUGAGCAAAUGGUCCACUUUUUUCUUGAUGCGGAACAAAGUGAUAUCAAUAGGGCAGAUGAUACAUCAACAUACCCUGUCAUAUGGGCGUCGCUGAAUGGACAUGAGAAGGUUGUGCAAAUGCUACUCGAGCGAGGAGCCGAUGUCAGCGCCCACGGUGGACGCUACGGAAAUACGCUCCGGGCUGCCUGUUCGGAAGGACACGAUAGAAUUGUGCAGAGGCUACUAGAGCAAGGAGCCGGCGUUAAUGCCCAAGGUGGAAUUUACGGAAACGCCCCAACGGGAAAACCGCCAAAGAGUUAUUUAUUAGUUCAAACUCCCAACCUAGCAACUGCAU